AUGAUUACAAGAGCUCAAAAAGGUAUUUCAAAAUCUAAACAGUUUCCUAAUUAUGUGUCUCAUUUAUCUGUCAAGCAUUCUAUUUCUCCAUCCAAUAGAUCUUUAUUAACCACCGUAGUUGAGCCAAAAACUUUUAAGAGUGCCAUUAAAGAUCAUAAGUGGCAAGUGUCUAUGAAGGAUGAGUAUACUUCUUUUAGGAAUAAUGGUACAUGGGUUUAUAUGGCACCUGCGCCACAUAUGAAUACUUUAGGACCAAAAUGGGUCUAUAAAGUCAAAAAGAAGGCAGAUGGUACUAUAGAUAGAUUUAAAUCUAGAUUGGUUGCAAAAGUUUAUGAUCAACAAGAUGGUAUAGAUUGUAAUGAAACAUUUAGUCAUGUGGUUAAGUGUACUACUGUUAGAGUUGUAUUGUGUAUGGCACUUACAUACAACUGGCAUGUCAGACAAUUACAUUAA